UGUGAUUGUCGAAGAAUAUAUUCUAUUGAAAAGUGGGCCUUCCCAAACACACAAUCUAAUCUUUUUUUCUUUUUUUCUUUUUUAUAUUCGUCACUAUCAAGCUUUUACCUCUUCUAAUUAUUUUGACCAUGCAUACUGAUUUUUCAUCCACAAUUUUCCUCUGUGCCUCAAAAAUCUCUUAUACAUAUAAAUAGAUAAAGACCAUAAAUUCGCCCAAUUCUUCAUCACUGGUCUACUUCCUUCACUUGUCAUGGCCAGAUUUCUUUUCAACCUCCACCUAUUCAUCAUCAUCUUCAUUUUCAUCAUUGUCGUCGUCUCUGCAAAGCCCCACCGAUCAUCACAAGUGCUGGGGCCCGCUGUUGGGUUUGGAAAAGAGAAGAUAAGCCAUCUACGCUUCUACUUUCAUGACAUCGUAAGCGGUCCCAAGCCAACGGCCGUGCGAGUGGCCGCUGCAGCAUCCACAAACAAAUCACCCACGUUCUUCGGCGCUGUGGUGAUGACUGACGACCCAUUGACGGAAAGGCCUGACCCGAAUUCAAAGCUGUUCGGAAGAGCUCAGGGGUUCUAUGCGUCCGCGUCGCAGGAGGAACUUAGCUUUUUAAUGGCCAUGAAUUUCGCAUUCGUUGAUGGAAAGUAUAACGGGAGCACACUCAGUAUACUCGGGAGGAACAUGGUCUUCUCGAAGGUGAGGGAAAUGCCAGUGGUGGGAGGGAGUGGGCUUUUUCGAUUUGCUCGAGGUUAUGCCCAGACCCACAUCCACACCGCUAAUUUCACGUCUGGAGAUGCUGUCGUGGAGUAUAACGUCCAUAUCAUCCAUUACUGAUGGCUUUUACUUUUACUUUUUUCUUUCCUUUUU